CACUUGCCAACCAGACCCACCUCCAGUCCAACUUUAGACAGGAAUUACUCGAUUCUCUACUUCAAACAGAAGGUUGAUCAUUUUGGAUUCAAUAUUGAUAAAACUUUUAAACAGCGGUACUUGAUAUCUGAUAAAUAUUGGAAGAAAGAUGGUGGAUCAAUACUUUUCUAUACAGGUAAUGAAGGCGACAUCAUCUGGUUUUGCAAUAAUACGGGGUUUAUGUGGGAUGUGGCUGAGGAGAUGAAAGCUAUGCUGGUUUUUGCUGAACAUCGAUACUACGGAGAGUCACUCCCCUUUGGUGCCAACUCAUUUAAGGAUAUCAGACACUUGAAUUUUCUGACAUCAGAACAAGCUUUGGCUGAUUUUGCUGAGUUAAUCAAACACUUGAAACAAACAAUCCCAGGAGCUGCAAAUCAACCUGUCAUUGCACUAGGGGGCUCUUAUGGAGGCAUGCUUGCAGCAUGGUUCAGGAUGAAAUACCCUCAUUUAGUGGUUGGCGCUCUAGCAGCCUCUGCACCUAUCUGGCAGUUUGAAGAUUUGGUACAAUGUGGUGUGUUUAUGGAGAUUGUAACUAGAGACUUUCAGAAAAGUGGCCCACAUUGUCCAGAGAGUAUCCGGAGAUCCUGGGGUGUCAUUGAUAAAUUUGCAGCUACAAGCAGUGGUUUGCAGUGGCUUUCUGGAACCCUCCACUUAUGCAGCUCAUUAGGAGAUUUUCAAGACGUCAAGAUGUUGAAAGAUUGGAUUUCUGAAACCUGGGUGAACCUGGCAAUGGUGGAUUACCCUUAUGAAUGUAACUUUUUACAGCCUUUGCCAGCUUGGCCUAUUAAGGUGGUGUGCCAGUAUUUCAGAGAUCCCAAUGUAUCUGAUGAAGUGCUGGUGCAGAACCUUUUCCAAGCUCUGAAUGUCUACUACAAUUACUCAGGCCAGGUGAAAUGCCUGAAUACCUCAGAGACGGCCACUAGUAAUCUGGGAUCCACUGGUUGGAACUAUCAGGCCUGUACAGAAAUAAUCAUGCCCUUUUGUACUAAUGGUAUUGAUGACAUGUUUGAGCCUCAUUCGUGGGACUUGAAGGAGUUGUCUGACGAGUGUUUCAAACAGUGGGGUGUGAGAAUGAGGCCCUCCUGGAUCUCUACACUGUAUGGGGGCAGAAAAAUCAGCUCUCAUAGCAACAUCAUUUUCAGCAAUGGUGAACUAGACCCAUGGUCUGGAGGUGGAGUGACCAAGAAUAUCACAGAUUCUUUGAUUGUUAUCAAUAUCCCAGAUGGUGCUCAUCACUUAGAUCUCCGAGCCAGAAACGCCUUAGAUCCCGAGACUGUGCAGUUAGCCCGUGCCUCGGAAGUUAAAUACAUGAAGCAGUGGGUCAGAGAUUUCUAUGCCUUUGGAGGAAAAGCAAAACCAAACAACUUUUGA